CGCGUAUGUCAUGGUGGCAGGUGGGCGGCACAUCCGCUCCGAGUGGAGCUGCUCUUUAUAAACGGCCGCUGCGCAGCCUGGCUCUAAAUUAGCUGGAGCGGGACUAGUGCCAGAGUCAGCUACAGGCUCCACGGAUGGACGCGAUGCUGAAUUUCACAACCGAGGAGGAAGACGACUAUUACCAGCUGCUCGGGUGCGAUGAACUGUCCACGACAGAGCAAAUUUUGGCAGAAUUUAAAGCCAAGGCCCUGAGCUGCCAUCCUGACAAACAUCCAGAUAAUCCAAAAGCAGUGGAGCAGUUUCAGAAGCUGCAGCAAGCGAAAGCAACCCUGACCGAUGAAGACCGACGUUCCCGCUAUGACCACUGGUAUCGCAGCAAGAUUGCAAUUCCAUUUCGUCAGUGGGAGGCUCUAAGUGAUGCUGUCAAAAUGACAAUGCACUGGGCAGUAAGAAGUAAGAAAGAACCAAUGCUGGAAGCGCCUACUGCAGAUUCUGAUGGCUCCACCAUGACAGGGGAACAAAGACAAACUACAGAGGAAGAUUGGAAUGAAAGUUCUCCUGUGCAACAGGCUGACAGUGAUGGAGCUGGAGUCAAAGAGACAGAAGUGAUAAAUGAGGAUCAACAUUUUGCCGAGGAUCCCACUUCUCCACGAAUUUUCAACAUCAGCGACUGCCACUAUCAUUUCCGCUGGUCAGCCGAUGCUCCCUCAGAAUUACUAAGAAAAUUCAGGAACUAUGAAAUUUGAAGUUUCACCAGGGAUUCUCAACUUUACUAAAAUAUUUCUUGUCAGAUCAGUUUAUCCUUUGUAUUUUGAAUGUCCUGUGGAAAGUUUUAUUUUGUGAUAUGUUGUGUAUUUCACCUGAGAAAUAGUUAGAGAUGAGCGUCUCUAUAAAUAGUCUUACUUAUUUCUUAUAUAUAUAUAUAUAAUUAAAUGUUACUGUUCCUCAGACUACCAGUUUUAUGUAGGUGUUUGUAAGAAGCAAACUGCAUUUUCUGAUCUUCAUUCCUUGAGGUCUUGCUGUGUAAUUUUGAAAUGGGAGUUAAAAUAUUUAAUUCACUCAAAGCCA